CCUUGACUGCAUAUUUUUUUAACAGUAAUCAAGGCUGUGUACGGUUGCACGUAGACAAAUUUAAAGAAUUUAAACCCUGACCACUGCCAUUGUAUUUGUUCUUCCUUCUACCAUUUGGUGCCAUGAUUUUGCGGGAGAUCUCUCUGAUAAAUUAGCUAGAUACCGGCUCCAUUACACUUGAGACAGCUAGUGGCACCAUUGUACAUUAAUUGACCAAUUUUAAGGGGGAAGGUGUAGAAGUACUCCUUCUGAAUCAGCUGUAUACUAUCAUGAUCAAACUCCUUUAGCCUCUUAUUGUUGCAUUAUCUGAUACCUGAACAAUGAGUGGGAGCAAGAUUAUAGAUUUCCACUACCAGUUCCGCAGCAAGGACCUGACCUCCACUCUAACAGUACCUGUCACCAUCCCGAACCCUCAGCCCGCCUCCGACCUCGUGGGUCGGCUGGUCAACGCCCACAACCUGCCAUGCUACGUGGAAGAAGAUUUAAAGAACAAGCUCGAGAAAUUUAUGACAGAGGAAACCAACAAACUGUUUGAUGAAAAUUCGCAGAAAGCUCUCCAGAGGUUGAAAAAUGGAGACAUUAAUAUAGAUGAUGUUGUCACGAAAUGGCACAACGCCUUUAGUGAGGAAGUCAAGCGUUAUGCCAAGCCAGAGAGUGUAACGGAACAGCAGGUGUUCUCGGAGGUGUACCACAGCCUGAUCCACUCGCCCGCCCUUGACACGCUCCUCAACCUUGAGCACACGUAUGCCCUUACAAUCGAGGACCUGAUACAGCAGAGGGACAAAGACCUUGAAUACCUAGAUGACAGACAAAGAGAAGAGAUGGAGGAUGCAAUGAAGAAUGCUGGGACCAAGUACACAGAUGCCCAGGUGAACCAGCUGGCCCAGCGGCAUAUUGACAACUCACAGUUGAUAAGUGGAAAGUGGAGUAGUGAGUUGUCCAACCUGAGAGAUACACAGAAGCGUGAGUUUAGGGAGUGGGUGCUGAAAGUCCAUGAAGACACGCAGUCUCCAUCCAAAUCCACUAGCUAUCUAAACCGAGUGAGAGCCCUCAGCAGUAGUCUACCGGAGGCAGAAGAGAAUGAAAGGGGACCUAACACCAUUAGGAUGGAGGAGAGCUUCACUAUACACCUUGGUGCCCAGAUGAAAACUACACACAAUCUUCGUUUACUCUGUACAGAUAUCCUAGACCUAUGUCGGCACAAAACCCACACAGUAGGUGGAAUGGUCAUUCCUCAACCUCAGAGACUGCAGACCGCCAUGUCCCUCUACUCCAAUGACCUUUGUGCGCUGAUCAUGAUGGUUGAUAACCGAUUGAACUCAUACACAGGGCUUAAACGAGAUUUUUCAAAAGUUUGUGAACAGUCGACUGACUUCCACUUUCCUGAUCUUGAGCAACAAUUUGCGAUCAUAGAACAGGAACUGGCUCUGGCCAAUGAACACCGCCAGCAACACAAACACUCGGAGGAUGCAGACAAAGUCAGCCUCAAAAGCAGCAGCAGUACAUCUAGUGAGGAGAAAACUAAAAAUCUAAGGGCAGGAGAUUUCUACUUGACAAAACAUUCCAAUCUGUCGGAGGUCCAUGUUGUGUUUCACUUGGUAGCAGACGACAGCAUCAAACAGUCGGACAUUUCCUCUCGCCACCCAGUUAUACUGAGCAUCAGGAACAUCAUCAAGCUGUGUUUCCGUUAUGACAUCAACACCCUCACCAUCCCUCUCCUUCUCUUCAAUGAGAUGACGGAGGAGAUGACCAUCCCAUGGUGUCAGAAAAGGGUCGAAUUGAUGUUUAAGUGUGUCAAGGGCUUCAUGAUGGAAAUGGCAGCCUACGGCGGAUACAAAUCCCGCACAAUUCAGUUCCUAGUUCCCCCAGGGAUUUCUGAGGACGUGUUUUCGGGCAUUAGCUCCAUGUUGACCAAUAUCUUCAGACUUUCCAACCCCCUGGUGGUCAAGUCUAGCUAGCAAUGGCAUGGAUAAUUGGAAACUAUGAACUAUCCAAUUGUGUGGAUUGUCUAAUUGCAUGGACUAUCCAAAAAGUGGUCAACCAGAGAAUAUGAAAUAUUGUGUGUGUGAAUAUAAUGGGACAAGUGCAAUAGAGAGCUCUUCUUUUUUUAUUUAUCGAAAAUUGGUAAAAUACCCAAUUACUUUUAAGUGUGUUAGAUGUAUUUGAUUGAAAAAUAAAAUGUUCAUGCUGUU